UUUUAACAAGGAGCACUUGCUGUGUGAAGACUUGUGAUACCACAUUUGAUACUCACCAAUUAUGGCAUUUUCUUCCUUAACUCCAGUUGUGGUAGCACUAAUCUGUGUCUUGAUAGGUAUAAUACUCAAAAGCAGCAGGAAAACUCCCAAAACAGAACUAAGCACAACUAGCAAGAAGACAGUGUCUUGCCCAUGGGGGGAUGAAGGCCUAAAAGAUGGUGCUGAUUUACAUGCAGAGGAAAAAGAGGAUGAUGAAUGGAAUGAAUUAGCUCAUAUCCCUUUUUCAACUGAGCGUUAUUCUGAAGAAGACAUGGUUAAAAGAUCAAAGGAUUUUUAUGAGCUUCUCAAUAAGAGACGAUCUGUUAGAUCCAUCAGUGAUGAGCCAGUUCCAAGAGAAGUAAUUGACAAUGUGAUUAAAACUGCAGGAACAUCUCCUAGUGGGGCACAUACUGAACCUUGGAGCUUUGUGGUUGUCAAAGAUAAAGAUGUAAAGCAUAAAAUCCGUGAGAUCAUUGAAGAAGAGGAAGAAAUGAACUACAUGAAACGAAUGGGAGACAGAUGGGUUAAUGACUUAAAAAGGCUGAGGACAAACUGGAUCAAAGAAUACUUGGACAGAGCUCCCUGCUUGAUUCUCAUUUUCAAGCAGGUGUAUGGAAUACUUCCAGAUGGGAAAAAGAAAACUCACUACUACAAUGAGAUCAGUGUUUCUAUUGCCUGUGGCAUCUUGCUUGCUGCAUUACAGAAUGUGGGCCUGGUGACAGUUACCACUACUCCACUGAACUGUGGUCGACGCUUAAGAGUUUUGCUUGGGCGCCCAGCAAAUGAAAAGCUGCUUCUGCUGCUGCCGGUUGGGUACCCCAGUAAAGAUGCCACUGUGCCAGACUUGUCCAGAAAGCCAUUGGAUGACAUUAUGGUGGUUAUAUAACAUGGAACAUUUUGGAACAGGUUUUGGUAUAAGAACCACCUGCAAAAUGUUAUUCUCCUUGAUUAUUUCUGUAGGAUGUGUUCAAAUGAGCGGAAACAUCUUUGCACCUAAAUGUGGAUCUAUAUAUGUAUUUCUUCAGCUGUUUCUAGGUACCUUCAAAACAGUAAUAAUGAGAAUAUAAGCAACUGAAAGUAGUAGUGAACAAUUAAAAUGUGAUUGGAAUAGUUACUGAUGAGUAUUAUU